AUGUCUCUGAUUAUCGCGCCAUACAACAAUGCCAUGCGUCUGGGCGACGAAUCUAACAGCCUCAGCUUCAACUCAUACACGCAGCAGAUCUGCAUUGACGACGCUGUUGUAAUUGACCCCGACCGCUUCGACAAUUCGGUCACCAACGAUGGCUUCGCCGAUGCGCGAGAAUUAUCGAAGGGUGGACCAAGUCAGACUGUCGCGUAUACUUCACGCUCUCUGCCAAUCAAGUAUGGUGCCAUUGGUGGCUCCGGCAAAGGCUCUUUCGUCGACUUAGACAAGUUCAAGGAGAGCGAUCUCAACAUCUUCAUCUCCGUCAAGGUCAUCAACCAGAGCAUCAACAUCAAAGAUGCUCUCGUUUUCCAGGGCCUUUCCUCGGUCAACGCAGAGACGUUUCGCUCCGUCUUUGGAGACUGUUUCAUAUCUGGCUUCCUAGAAGGCGGAGAAUUCAAUGCUCUAGUGAGCUUGAAAGUUUUGAACAAAGACAAGCGCGCGACUGUCAAAGCCGAGGCAGAAAUGGCUUUGAGCGUUGGAGCUACUGACAUCAAAGCCAUUGCCAAAGAUGACAUUGACAUGUCCAAUCUUUGGUCGCAGACAGACACGACCAUCCAGGUUGGCUGGUCGGGUGGCGGCCACAUCAAGCCAGCGGACCAACCUUGGACCAUUCAAACCUUGAUGGAGACGGCCGCCAAAUUUCCUGACCUUGUUGCUAGCACUUCCCAGCGUACUUAUGCUAUCCUCACAAAGUAUGAGACGCUUCAGAGUUACAUGGCCCUGAAGCCCCCGGAUCUGAAGCCACUGUAUUACGAAAACGCAGCCAUCGUCACCAACUCACUGCUGGAUGCCUACAUGGACUACAAGAAUAUAUACAGCACUCUGGGAACUCAUCUUCUCGACAUCCACGCUGGCAAGAAGGAAUUUGUAGGCUGGCCCAGUGAAGCGGAGGACUUUGCCAAAACCGACACCCUCUCUCCCAUCACCGAUGAACGCCCUUUUGAAGCGACCAUUGAGGGACUUGACCUCGCCCGCCGUGCUUGCCGGUUCCAGAUGGUCAAGAUUGUCAGAGAGGUGGCCAUCAUCGAGGAAAAUCCGGACUAUGCCGCGGAUGAGAAGCGUCUAGAGGCAAUCCAGAGUACUACUAUCUUCCGCGAGCGGCUUCCCUGCGUCAAAGACAAGGGAGAAGUGCCGUACCUUACAAAUGGGCCCUGA